AUGGCGUACUCUCCUGAGCAAUACCAAGCUAGCAAGGAACGAAUCAAAGCAGCGCAGAAGCGCUACUACCAGCGCACACGCGAAGCCCGUUUAUCUUAUCAAAAAGACAACGGUGACAAGAAUAGAGACCAGAUUCGAGCUCGCACGUCUUUUCGAUAUGAGGGUAGUUUUAGAACCUCUAAACCGGUCAGAUCUAAUAGACGUUGA